AUGAAAGAAAUUGAAUAAUAUAAAAGCUUGAUUAAAUUCAUAUCUUCUGAUCUUCUCAAGAAAACAGAUGUCGAGUUUUAUUUUAAAGAUACCAAACUUGGAAAUAAAUAAGCAUCAGAUCUAGGAAGUGCUAUUAAAAAAUGCAAAAACUUAAAAUAAUUAAUUAUUUAAAUUAUUGGGAUGAAUUUUAUAAGUCAAAAAGGAGCAUCAGAUUUAGGAAUUGGAAUUGGAGGUUGCAAAAAUCUCACAAAUUUAUCUAUCACAGUGUUUUCCAAAUUUAAAAUUGGAGAAGAAGGAGCUUGUGGUAUUGGUACUGGAAUUGGAAAUUGCUAAAACUUAGAAAUAAUAUUCCUUUAUCUUUGUCAUAAUUAAAUAGGGGAUAGAGGAGCCUCAGGUUUAGCAGUCGGAUUUGGAAAAUGCAAAAAUCUUAAAUUUUUGGAGAUUCGCAUAACUAGUAACAAUAUUGGUCCUAUUGGAUCUUAAGAAUUAGGUGUUUAGUUCAGUAAAUGCAACAAUCUUCAAAAUUUAAUAAUAGAAUUAAGUGGGACUACAUAUGCUGAUGAUAGGAUUAGCUUUUUCUGUAAAGAAAUCCUAAAUUGUGAUAAAUUAACAAAUUUAAAGCUAAAUUUAAAUGGUAAUAAAUUUGGAGAUUAGGGAAUGUUAAGCUUAUUUCCACUGUUAGAAAGCUCUUCAAAAAUUUUAAGUUUAUCUCUAUCUCUGAAAGAGAAUAAUAUUAAUGAAUAAGCUGCUCUCUAUCUUGCAAAUUAAUUAUCUAAAUGCUAAUUCAAAAUUUUAGAGCUAGAUCUUAGUGAAAAUUCUAUUUUAGGAGGCUACUAUGCAUUAAAAAGAAAACUCUUUAAAAUAAUGAAAUUGAUGAAGUUAUCGAUUUUAUCAGAUUACUGA